AUGGGUCUCCUCCAUCUCAUCGAAGAUCGUCCAACACCAAAAUGCGUUUACAAUUGGCGAGUAUACUUCUCGGCGGCAGUUGCUGGCUCUGCUGCCAUGAUGAUCGGCUACGAUAGCGCCUUCAUCGGCGGGACUCUGGCCUUGACAUCCUUUAGGGAUGAAUUCGGCUUUGGCGACAUGUCAAAAUCCCAGGUCAACCUGCUCAGCGCCAAUAUCGUCUCCUGCUACCAAGCAGGAGCAUUCUUUGGAGCAUUCUUCGCCUACCCUGCCGGUCACUACCUAGGUAGGAGGUGGGGUUUGGUCAUUUUUAGCGCCCUGUUCACUCUGGGUGCUGGUUUGAUGUUGGGAGCCACUGGUGCUCGCGGACUCGGGCUCAUCUAUGCUGGCCGAGUGCUGGCCGGAAUCGGUGUCGGCGCUGCUUCGAACUUGUCUCCUAUCUACUGUUCUGAAAUUGCUCCUCCAGCCAUCAGAGGUCGUCUAGUUGGUCUCUAUGAAAUGUCAUGGCAAAUCGGCGGACUUGUCGGUUUUUGGAUCAACUACGGCGUUUCUGAGACCAUGGAGCCUUCCCACAGGCAAUGGCUCAUCCCCUUCGCAAUCCAGGUUAUCCCAGCCGGUCUUCUAUUCGCCGGGGCUUUGAUCAUCAAGGAAUCGCCUCGAUGGCUCUUCUCCCGGGCUCGACGCGAAGAAGGAAUCAAGAACCUCUGCUGGCUGCGCCAACUUCCCGCAGAGCACGUCUACAUGCAGGAGGAAAUUUUCGCCAUCGACCACGCCCUUGAAGACCAACGGUCUACCAUCGGUCUCGGGUUUUGGCAACCUUUCCGAGCCGUGUACCGGGACCGCAAGGUGAAAUAUCGCUUCGUCCUCGGUGGCUCUCUUUUCCUGUGGCAGAAUGCAACCGGCAUCAACGCCAUCAAUUAUUACAGUCCCACCGUAUUCAACAGCAUUGGCGUCACGGGCACAAACACGUCCCUGCUGACGACAGGCAUAUUUGGUGUGAUCAAGACCGUCAUCACCAUUUUCUGGCUGUUCGUCUUGAUUGACAAGCUCGGCCGGCGCGCAUUGCUCAUGUACGGCGCGGUCGCGGGGUCGUUAUGCAUGUGGUAUAUCGGCGGCUAUAUUGCCGUGGCUCGGCCUGCCGAACAUCCUACCGCCAAAUUGUCCUCAGGAGGCAUCAGCGCCAUGGCCUUCUUUUACCUCUGGACAGUGUCGUAUACGCCUUCCUGGAAUGGGACUCCGUGGGUUCUCAACUCAGAAAUGUUUGACCAGAAUGUGCGGACGCUGGCUCAAGCUUUCGCGGCUGCCAACAACUGGUUCUGGAACUUCAUCAUCGCCCGCUUCACACCUCAGAUGUUUGAAGGCAUGUACUAUGGGGUCUAUUUCUUCUUCGCCUCACUCAUGCUCUGUGCCGCUGUCUACGUGUUCUUCCUGAUCCCUGAAACCAAGGGGAUUCCGUUGGAAGCGAUGGAUCGUCUCUUCAGUCGGGACCUGCCGGCCAGACGCGCCCACAAGGCCGUCCUUGCAGAUCUCCGAUAUGAAGAUCAAGAAUUCAGGCGUCAGUCAAUUGGCGAGAAAGGCAACGUGGAAGAGGCCGAGGUGGUAACUAUCGAGAGUUCUUCUCGACACGGUGGAAAAGUGUAG